AUGGCGACCCUCAAGUUCGCGCCUUGGAUGAGCGACGUCGAUGUCCAGUUUUACGCCGCCCUCGCUCAUAUCAAAAUAAACCAUGACAAGCUCGACGACUCGGCGCGCAAAGUGCUGGGCCUGUACGAAGUUCGCCCCGCCGAGCACUCCUCGCGCUCCAUGCGCAUUCAGAUCCAUCCCAAUGCGCUGACGUCGGAUGACACGCCCCCGACCUUUUGCCGCGCUGAAGGCAUCAUCAAGAACUGCAAUACCAUCGAGGACUACAAGAGCCUUGACCGCGCCGCCAUACUCGAACGCUCUGCCCAGACAAUAUGGGAUGCCAUACACGACGGCUCCAUCUACGAAUGUCCCUCACUCCUCUCCUCCUUCACAGCAAUAAUCUUCGCCAACCUCAAGAAGUACAAGUUCACCUACCAUUUUGGCUUUCCAGCCAUCCAGUCAGAUCCCCCUUGGAAACAGAUAGGCCAGGUGACAAGGUUGCAGCCUAGAGAGACUACUUACCUUGUCGACGCCGUGCAGACAUGGAGGUACAGUUCUGAUGUGCGCCAAAGAGGUUUCUUUCUCGCCAAGCGCAUACGCGGAGGCGGGGAGGGUGAAGAUAGACCAAAGACACCAGUCACACCCUUGGAAGAGUUUGGCUACACGUGGGGUGUCGGCAGACUUGAAACUUACGAAAAGGGCUUCUUCGACAAGGUGGACAGCCAGGACCGCUUCAUAUGCUUCGCAGACCCCUCGACAUACGAGACAAACCCAGGCUGGCCGCUGCGUAACCUUCUCAUACUGAUCCGGCACCGGUGGAACCUGCAUGAUGCCCAGAUUCUGUGUUACCGCGAUACGCAUACACGGCGCGACCAAUCCAACUCGCUGAUUCUCCAGCUGCGCUCAGACCCAGACCCUAACGCCGCGCCUACAUCGCCUAUACUAGAUCAGAAGAGCACCCCGCCAUUACCCAAGGUUACAGGAUGGGAGCGGACAGAAACAGGAAAGCUUACUUCGCGGAAUGUCGACUUAUCAGAGUACAUGGACGAGACCAAAUUGGCAGAUCAGGCCGUGGACCUCAAUCUCAAGCUCAUCAAGUGGCGCAUAGCUCCCUCGAUUGAUCUGGACGUCAUCAAGAAUUGUAAAUGUCUAUUAUUGGGAGCGGGCACGCUCGGGACGUAUGUCUCACGCACGCUGAUGGGAUGGGGCGUCCGAAAGAUUACUUUUAUUGACAAUGCGACCGUCAGCUUUUCCAAUCCCGUGCGACAACCCCUCUUUAACUUCCAAGACUGCCUAAAAGGCGGAGCGAAAAAGGCCGAGAGAGCUGCAGAGGCUCUGAAGGAGAUUUAUCCAGGGGUGGAUGCAAACGGCCAUGUCAUGCAGGUUCCCAUGCUUGGCCACCCCAUGACGGACGCCGCAACGACUAAGACGGAAUUUGAAAAGUUGCAACAACUGAUUGCUGAACACGAUGCCAUUUUCCUGCUCAUGGAUACGAGAGAGAGCAGAUGGCUACCAACCGUCAUGGGCAAGGCACAGGGCAAAAUUGUGCUGAACGCGGCUCUGGGAUUCGACACUUAUGUUGUCAUGCGACACGGCCUGAAAGCAACCCAGGAGAACGAGGUAGAACUAGGAUGCUACUUUUGCAACGACGUUGUUGCACCCGCAGACUCCCUCAGCAACGCAACCCUCGAUCAACAAUGCACCGUCACCCGCCCAGGCGUCGCACCCCUCGCAUCCAGCCUCCUAGUCGAACUCCUCAUCUCCAUCCUCCAGCACCCCGCAAAAGGUCUCGCUCCACCCCCUUCCCAUCAAGCCCCGGCAGCAUCACCAUCCCACCCUUCUCUCCCUCCACCCUUCCAACACCCCCUCGGCACCAUCCCCCACACAAUCCGCGGCUACCUCUCCACCUUCUCCAACCUCCAAGUUGAAGGUAAGCCCUUUGAUUGCUGCUCUGCCUGCAGUCCCAAAGUGCUAGAUGCGUACACGGCGGAUCCCUGGGGUUUUGUCCAGAAAGCGCUGAAUGAGCGGGGUUGGGUCGAGGAAAUGAGUGGGUUGAAGGAAGUCCAGCGGAAGGCGGAUGAGGCGGCAGCGGAUGUGGAUUGGGAGGAGGAUGAGGAGGAAGGGGGGUUAGAGGAUGAGGGGGAGAUUGUAUGA